AUGUCAGAGGACAUGAUUCUUUCUGUAUCGAUAUCAGAGGCUGAAGCGUGGAAGUCUGAACGACAAACCGCAAAAGACUUGAGAAAGGCUUUCUCAGAAGCAGAGGUUCGAAACUCUGAGCUGGCCGCAAACCUUGUAACUGUUAUGACCAAAGUAGAUCAGCUUCCGGAAUCGGUACAAAGGACUUUGACAUGUUUCAGACUUGAAGAUAAGCUUUCCAAGUCAGAGUCAGAGAUUCAAGUACUCAGUCAGCAGUCACUUGGUGUAUCUCCAACCAUCAGAACUAUGGCUGCACCAUCAAAAACAAUGCUUUUACCGAGAACUCCAGUGAAAGGAUAUCUUGUCAAUGGAGAAACGAAGACUACACCGGACAUCAUGACUCUUUCUGUUCGAGAACCAGAGUCUGAUUUUAAAUCAUGGAAGCAUCUGCGUGAAAAGCAGCUGGAAAACCAAGAUCUACUAGUCAAGUGUAUCUCACAAAACCUUGGAUAUGCUGGGGACAAGCCUGUUGCUGCAUGUGUCAUUUACAAAUGUCUCCUUCAUUGGAGAUCAUUUGAGGUCGAAAGAACCAGCGUCUUUGACCGUAUCAUUCAAAAAGUAUCUUCGGCCAUUGACGUCCCAGAUAAUAAUGAGGUUUUGGCGUAUUGGUUAUCUAAUUCAGCCACAUUAUUAUUGCUUCUGCAACGCACACUCAAAGCAACUGGAGCAGCUAGUUUAACACCACAGAGACGAAGAACAGCAUCAACAUCCCUAUUUGGAAGGAUGGCACAAAUUUCUCUGUGCAGUCUUCUUCUACAUCGUGAGUGCUGCUCAUUCAGCAAUGGGGAGUACGUUAAAGCAGGUUUGGAUGAAUUAGAGCAGUGGUGUGUAGAGGCUACUGAUGAAUAUGCUGGCUCAGCUUGGGAUGAGUUAAGGCAUGUCAGGCAGGCAGUUGGUUUCCUGGUCAUUCAUCAAAAGCCGAAAAAGACACUAGACGAAAUAACAAGAGAACUCUGUCCGGUGCUAAGCAUACAGCAGCUAUACAGAAUCAGCACAAUGUACUGGGAUGACAAAUAUGGCACUCAUAGUUAUUGCAAACAUGAGGGUAUGAUGACAGAGGACUCGAACAAUGCCGUAAGCUCUUUCCUUUUGGACGAUGAUGACUCGAGCAUCCCAUUCACGGUGGAAGACAUAUCAAAGUCAAUGCAACAAGUGGAUUUUCAUGACACUGAACCUCCUCAACUGCUCCGUGAAAACUCGGGUUUCGGAUUCUUACUCACAGGUAAAGAAGGCAGUUCUACGGAAACUGUUUGUCACACCGAGGAGGAUGUUCCAGUGUAA